AAGAAAGAAAAUAAAUAUUAUUUGCCUUGUAAGAAAAUCAGGAAAAUAAAUAAAUAAAUACAUGAUUCCAUAGCUUUGUUGUCUGCAGGUUUCUCUCUUUCAUCUCUUCUCAGAUCUCUCUCUCUCUCUUUGCUUCUUCUUCUUCUUCUGCUCAAGCUUCAAGCUUUCGAACGAUCUCUCUUCUCUUUUCACCUCCAGCAAGAAAAAGGAAAAGAUGAUGAACAGCUGUGGAGUCCAACAAAACGCUUUUGAAGAGAUGAGGAGAAACGCCGCCGUGAAUGAUCGCAGAGACGCCGUGAUUUGUCCCAAACCUCGCCGUGUCGGUGUUCUUAACCACCACUCUUCUCGAUCUCUCCGUUGGCAACUCAAUCAUCAGAUGGAGUUAUGUGAAUCGAAUUCAGGAAGCGAGAUUUUGGAUUUCAUCCUCGCAAAGGGUGGUUGUGGUGAUCAAGAUCAGACGAUGACGUCUCCUUUGUUCUUCACAGGGUCACCACCAAGUAGAGUUUCUAACCCACUAACAAAAGACUCACUUUUUCGACAAGAGCUUCUCGCGGUGGCUCCUCAGGCUCCGUCGACUCCUCGGGGUACCCAACCGCAGCCGCCGUCUUCUCCAAGGAACGGAAGCUGUGUCAGGGCAGCGGCGAGCUUCGGGAACAAUCCACAGGUUCGUGUCGUGGGAUUCGACUGUGACAGACGCAGCCGCAACCGUAGCAUUUCGACUCUUGCAUAAAGAGCAAGUCCAAGUAUAUAUAUAUAUAUAACAACAGAGAAGGCUUAAAAAGAAAAGGAUUAGGAAUUGAUUAUGGAUAUUAAUAAUAUAUGAUGGGAUGGGUUUUUGUUGAUUAAAAUGUGUAAAUAUCUUGGAUAAACAAAAGUUGGGGGAGGGAUUGUUAUAAAAAAUUAGGGUUUUUGGGUGUCAAAUUUCUAAGGAAUUUUGUAAUUAAGAUAAAAAAGUUGGGUGGAGAGAAGAGAGAGUGGUUUAGUUUGGGUGUCUUUAUUAUUAGUGAAAAAAAUAAGAGCAUAGUGUUUCUUCCUUAUUGUAACAAAAAGGAAAAAGCUCGAAAGAGUUUUGAAAUGUGAAGAUAUCAUUUCUACCCUCUCUUUUUUUUUUGUGUAUCUUUGUCUCUCUCUCUUUUUUACAGAUAGAUGUGUAAAUUUCCAAAGGAGUUGAUCAUUUUGCUAGGAGUAUCUCUCUAUGGACUACUAGUUCUUGUUUUGUGACAAACAUUAAGGUGAUGAUGAAAUUGUAUAUUAUGGUUUCUUUA